CGAUGUUGCCUCGGUACCCUGACUGCACAUACCCUCAUCACCUACGAUGGCCGAAUCAUUGCCAAAGGCCAAGAAGCAAGGGAAGCUGCCUCCGGCUCCAUCAUCUGCCAAACUAGAUGACAAGGCUGAGGAGUCUAUGAUGGCAGAGGGCGAUGGCGGAGCCCCAAGUGAUGAUUCGGACGACGAGGUAGCAGAUUUCCGCAAUCUUCUCCCCCAGCUCCUUGCCGACAAGGGUGCCUCGGCAGGAUCUGACAAUGGCAUUCAGAGCAUCUCGAUACCCAAGAGGGGAGAGAAAGACUUUGAGCCGACAGGCUUCAGGGGCCAAGAGAGGAAGCUGGAGGAGAGUCGGAGGGCAAUGGAGAUGGUCAUUAGUCAGAGUAGGAGAUGCGGCAGCAAAACUCUUUCAACGGCAAUUUGGCGCCCAGAUCUGAAUAGAGCAAUCGUCCAAGUGUCAAGGGGAACAACCAUCGCCUCAAUGGGAGUGACCGCGAGAACGCCUCUGACUGUGUCAUCUCCAGACGACCUCCCUUCGACAUCGUCGGAUGUCAUUGGCCCCAACAAUCAAGUAGGCGUAUGGAAAGCAGGAAUCUUCUACCCUCGGUCGGUCACAAGGACGGAGCUGCUCCCGGAAGAGGCGCUCUUCCUGAUUGAACGGGGUACACUCGACUGUACUACCUCGAUUAGGCUACAAGAUUCUGAAGAGGAAGUUCAGAUCCCCUUGUCGCUUCAGCAUGCCUUCAGUCUCAUGCUGGGAAAAGACGGAUGCACGCGAGAGCGAUAUCAGGCAUACGCAUAUCUGAAGAGACUGGGCUACUAUGUUCAAAGAGCCAGCGUAGCGGAGUCACUGAAAGAAGCAGCUGCUGCUGCAAGGAAAAGAGAAUUGUUGGGGACAGACCACGACAUAGCUACACCACAGGACAGGAAGCCGAGCUCACAAGGGGUCAUCGCUGAUCCCAAAAGGCCUCUGAAGCUCGUCACGCUAUGGGACCUCUUGCUCUAUAUACCACGGCGUCUGGCUCAAGUCGGGACUACAGUCAGCUCUGCAAUGAUAGCAUGGUUAAAGAGUGUUGCAAGCAAAGCCAGUCGGACAUUAUGGGGCGGAGGUCUCGGCAGUAGACCGUCUUACACGACAAGAGGCAGAGGUCUCCUGGGCCUCGGUGGCCAACAACUGGCGGAUUAUGACUCGAUCUUCUCUGCCUUGCAGAUCAUACCCAGCGGUCAUGACCUGCCGACCCCGCAUGCUCGAAGCUCGCAGCCCUCCGACCCGCGCUUCCAGCCCUUCUUCUAUGCCUGGCGCCCCGCAACGCGCUUUCGCAAGACGAAUCCUCCCCUGCCAGAAUAUCGCAUCGCAGCAAUCUCAGCUCGCGACUCGAGUCUGCCAAAACUUCACGAGUUCCAGAGUAUGUUCGAGUCUGUACCGCUCGAAAGGGACGCCUCUGCACGUGUUGCAGGAGAGGGAGGUGGGGAGGUAGAUGAAGCGGAGGAAGAGGAGAGGAUACGGGCCGCUGCUGAGAAGAAGCGGAACGAUGAGAGUUACGGGAGGGGCUUCCUUGCAAAGAAGAGGAAGGAGGAGAUCAUGGCCGCCAGAGCCGCUAAGCGUAGUGGGCAGCCCGGGAUAGGUUCCUCAGCCUUGGGGUCAUGGCUUAGAGAGCGACUGGAGUCGUAUCUCCCACCGCGAGUCCUCUCCGCCGCAGACAAUUUGCUCUCGGGCACGUCGAGCCUCCUACUGGCGCUAGCAAAGGCAUUCAGCCAUCUGCCACCCGGGAACAGCCGAUCUUCACCCUUCAAUAAUCGAAGGAGACAAGGACCACCGAGGCCUCACUUCCAGCAAAGCCAGCAUCGUCGUCCUAACCCCUUCCCUGCUCUCAAGGCCGGACGGAGGGAUGUCAUUCUUGCUGUCACAGACCAUGGUACCACGAGCAUGCUGAGAUUUGGAGAGGCUGAAUUUGAGAAGUGGAGAUUGAUGGGUGCGCCGAAUUGAGGGUGGUGUGGACACGGGGUCCACGUGGAAGGGAGGCUCUUCUUCGUCUCUCGUCCUCAGGGGACAAGUGUGUAAUAUAGGUCGCUUGCCUCGUCGCAUCCUGUGCACCUCCCGCUCUACUUGCGUGCAACAUCUGCCUCUACUUCCUCUUCAGAGCGGCGAAUCUAGCCUCCAGAUCGUUAUAAGCGUUGCCUCCUCCUCCAUUUGCACUCUUCUCCUCGUCCUUCUUUUUGGCAGCAUCCACCUCUUCCGUCGCUUUCUUGCUCGCCAACGUCUUCU